AUGAACUUCCGUAGAUCUCGAGCACGUUCACGUCGGAACUCAAUGAAUGUUAUGGUCAGUACAGAAAAAUGGCGAAGACAUAGAAAAAAAUCAUCACGUAAAGAUAAUGAAUAUUUAGAAGAAGAUUCAGAAGACGAUUUACUACAAGUGAGUGAACUCAAAGGCUGGUUUCAAGAGCUUUUUGUGCCCAACAACACAAGCGCUGAUCAACUUGAUCAAGACGUAGAAGUAACUCUUACGAAAAAACAAACAUUAGUUUUAUCUACUUUAGUGCCUGAUGAAAUACUGCUUAUGAAAAAUUUCAGUAAAGGAGAACAGAACAAAUUCGUUGGCGUACUGAUGAUGGCUGAUGUUUCAGGAUUUACAGCACUAUCUGAAAAAUAUAACAAUACUGGAAAUGGUGGUACUUAUAAACUAACAGUUACAUUAAACACUUAUCUUGGUUCACUUAUAGAAGUUAUAUACAGCCAUGGAGGUGACAUAAUAAAAUUUGCUGGAGAUGCCUUUUUAGCUCUUUGGAAAACUGAUAAAAGAACCUACUUGUGUCAUACAAUUCACACAGCUAUUGUUUGUGCUCUUAUAAUACAACAUUCUUACGGAUCCUAUGAAACUGAUGUUAAAGUAAACCUCAAAGUAAAGCUAGCAAUAUCCGCUGGAAAUCUAAUAUUCGCUCCUAUUGGCUCUGGAAUAGAUAUGAAUUAUAUUCUCGUUGGUUUACCUGUCAUUGAAGCAAAAGUUGCUGAAAGCGUUUGUGCUUCAGGAGAAGUAAAAUUAACACCAACAGCGUGGGGACACUGCUAUUCUCGAAACUACGAUCACUUUAUCGACGUUAAUGGACAUAUUACGAUAAAGGCUAUCCUCUAUGAUCCGCGCGAAAAUGAUGUCAGUAAGCCUUUUGUUGGAUUUGGAGUAAUGAUACGUCAAGCAAAUAAACCAUUUGUUGCUUUAGAAAGUGCUUCAGAUUGCCUUUUGGAUGAUUCAACAAAAUGCAAUAGUACAGUCACAUCAAAAACUAACGAAUUAUUAACCUUACGCAAAACCAUUUUGGUAGCAACAGAUAAAAAUAUUGGUUCUGAAAUAAGAAAGUUUAUUUUAAGACCAGUUCUUACACAGAUCGAUGCUCACCAACCCCUGGAAUAUCUAACAGAAAUGAGACAAGUUUCAGUUUUAUUUGUAACUCUUAAGCCUAUGGAAUGUACUUUCCCACAGCUAAUUACAAUAGUUAAUAAUGCAUUUCAAAUAACAUGCGAAAUUGUUUACAAAUCUAUGGGAUGCGUUAACAAGAUCAUUUUAUUUGAUAAAGAUAUUAUGAUCUUAGUUAUUUUUGGUCUACGGGGAUUUAAACAUGAAUCUGAAGCACAGGCAGCACUAAAAUGUGCACACAGUGUAAAAAAAUCUCUUUUUGCUCUUGACGGUGUGAUUGAGGUAUCUAUAGGUGUUACUACAGGUCAAGUAUAUUGUGGUGUUGUAGGACAUCCUUUGCGCAGAGAGUUUACUGUUAUUGGAGCAAUAGUAAAUAAGGCUGCCCGCUUAAUGUGCUAUUUUCGUAACAAAAUUACUUGUGAUGAAGCUACUUUUAUCAAAAGUAAAAUGUCAAGUAAUGGGUUUACACUUCAACCGCCAACUGAACUUAAAGGAAUCAUUCAACCAGGUAAAAUUUAUGAAUACACUGAGGACAUAAGAUCAAAAGAAUUGAAUAACAUACCAUUGAUACCACCCCUGUUAAACAGAUUUGAUGAAAUGGAUUAUUUCGAAACUUGGAUCGAUGAUUAUCAUUCGACAUUUAGAGAUUUUGAUGCCUUAUUACUUAUUGGAGAAAGUAGAAUAGGCAAAACCAGGCUCCUUCAAUGGAUGGCUAGAUAUGCCCAAAAUAAAGAUCUCAACAUAUGUCAUGUCAAUUUAACUUCGAUACAUUCUGCAACGCCCUAUUUAGCAUUAAGUCAAAUUAUGGAACAAAUUUUAGGAGUAAAUAAACCCAUUAUUGGAUUUGAAAAGGAGGAAAAAAUUGUUAGUCUACUUAAUUACUAUAACGAAGAUUUGUGUUAUUUAAAUAAUAUACUGAAGGUCCGAUUUGCCUACUAUGAUAACUAUACUCCUGAGAAUGACAAAGUACAGAAAGAUAAGGAAAAAAGAAUUUUUAAAAAAUUAGUAUCGUGUAUAUCAAAAACAAAUGUAAUAUUUUUAGAUGAUUUGCAAAAUUUAGAUGCAAUGUCGUGGGAGUUUCUUACUGUUAUGUUAGAAAGUAUGAAAAUUUUCACAAUUUUUACGGUAACUAGAGGAAAAUUUAGUACAGUACAAAGCUGGCUUUACAAUAUUUUUGUCAAAAGCAAUAUAAGGAAAAUAGUUUUAGGUCCUUUAAAAUCUACAUGGAUCAUACCAUUAGCUUGUCAAAUACUUGACGUACAAGCUGUAUCAAAGGAUCUAUGCAAUGCACUCGAGGAAAAAUGUUCUGGUUUGCCUGGUCAAGUAGAAAGUUUUAUUGUUCACCUUUUCUCAAAUGGCGCUUUAUGUGUAAAGAAAAUUCAUAGAGAUGAAUUGAAUAAUUGGGAGCACGAAAACUUACAAUUUCCAGAACCUAGCUUGUUACAUCCUGUAUCAAUAAAUGCCAACGAUCAAGCAAACUUGGAUCAAUUACUUAAGGAAAAUACUAUGGAUGAAAUUUCAAUAUGUUCUGUGACGGAAAAAGAAAAACUUAAUAUAGAUAUAAACGUCCAAAAUAUAGAUGCUCUUGUUAUGAUGCAAAUUGAUUCGUUAACUCCAUAUCAACAACUACUUCUAAAAAUAUCUUCUGUUAUUGGAAACGUUGUUUCCAGGCAUGUUUUAGAAAACAUAAUGUAUGAAAACAAUCCUGUUACAACUGCUAAGGCUAUAAAAAGAUUAUUUGCAAUGCGUAUUUUAUAUUGUGCAAAUACCCGGUACAAUAAAAUGACUUCAAAUGCAACCAUUAUAUCUAACUACUCAGCUACUACAAGAUUAGUAUGUGACUGCCCUUUUGAUUACGAUUCAGAUAAUAAUGAUAGUUUACCAAAGUAUGCAUUUUGUAAAGUCAUGAAGUUCAGAAAUAAGAAUUCAAGAAAAGCAUUUUAUGAUUUAUUACCUCUUAAUCAAAAGAAAGAAUUUCAUUUACGAAUAAUAAGCUAUUUAGAAAAUAAUAAGCAAAAAUGCCCUGAAUGCGGUGGUACCGUUAUGACAGUACAAUCUAUAUUUAAUAUGCAAUUAGAGUCAUAUAAUGACAAAAAUAAUAUAAAUACACAAUUUCUUAAAGAUAAUAGUAAAUGUGAACCUCAAGACGAAAAUCAGAGUACAAGUGAUACAAUUUCUGCAUCGAAUAACGGCUCCCUUGAAAUUCGUAAAGUAAAGUCCGAUUCAUUUAAUACGUUAAAUGAAACGAAUUUUAAACAAGAUAACUUAAUAGUUUCGGAUAUAAUAUCAACGAAAAGUAACAUAUCGUGUAAAGCUGUAUCUCAAAGUGCGCCAAUUUUAAAGCCGAAAUCAAGCUAUGAUGAAAACUUUAGCGUGCAAAGAAGAUCUACGAAAAGAGUCACAAUGUCGAAUGUUUUUUUAAAGGAUGUAAGUUCUGAAAUAUUAAAAAUUAAUCCAAUAUUUGAUAACGUAAGAGGUGUUCUUGAAGCUAAAAGUAUUAGUGAUUGGCAUGAAUUAGGAGUCAUUGAUAGUGACGACAAAUUAAACACUAAUACAAAUGGGAAAGAACAAUAUUUGUCUGUAAGUAUAGAAAAAGGAGUUUCAAAAACAAAUUACAGUAGAUGCACUUGUGCAGAACUUAAUAUUGUUAUAUUUAAGCAACUCAUUGAACAUGCCAAGGAAGCUGAACUCAAAUCUAAAGUAAUUGAAUUUAUCGUAAAAUACGCCUAUUUAAAUAUAUUAGAAAGCAAUUUCGAUAAUGCUAUGCUAGAACUUGAUGAAGCCGAAAUUACUUGCCUCGAAAAAACAUUUCCUGACAUAUCCAUGUUUGAAAGGAAAAGAUUUUUGGGUAAAAUAUAUUCUUUAAAAGCUGCUACGUAUUUGUUAAGUGGUAGACUUAUAAUGGCCAAAUUGAAUAUAGAAAGAGCAGCAAAAAUUUAUCGUAUGAAUUUGAAAAAAAUAACUAGUUUUUCACCUUUUAUAACUUUAUUUACCACUAUUAAUAAUAUAAAGUUUCGUUUGCGUGAUAUGAUUAUGAAAGGAGAUUCAAUUUUUUUCUUGAAUGUAGCAACAGCACUGUAUUCCACUUUAGAAGACGAAAGAACUUCUAAGAUAGCAGCACUUCGCUCUAUAUACCUUGUACAACGAAUUAAAUGCAACGUUAUUGAUUUGUGCGACUCAUUCGCUCAGUAUAUGCAAAUGGUUCUUGAUCGUGGAAUGCCAGAAUUAACUGUAGACCUCGAAAAAUUAUUAAAUAAUUGUUUAGAAAGCUUACAAAAACCUAUAGGAACGGAUGAACUAUUUGCUUUAGGGAAGUUAUUUUUAGCUGUAUUUCGGGCACGUUUGACACGAGGCCUGCUUGUAGCCGCCAUUAGGUCUGGUUUUCGUGCACUUGUAGUAAGUCGUUUUUUACGUGCAGAUCAAAUUACUACAGAUAUUAUCCCUGACCUGUUUUACCUUCUACUAUCUCGAGGCAGAAUAAGAGAAGCAGUAGAUGUUGUUAGAUUACUUUUACAAAUAGGUGAAAACGAAAAAAUACCCGAAUGCCAAACGUGGUAUUAUGCUCUUUCUCUGGAUAUGAUAUUGGAUGCAGGAUUUGAGUUGGAAUCAAUACAUGAAAUCAACCGUUUUGCUGAAUACUCAAUUCACAAAGAAAAGAUUUCACAUGAAAGUCAAUAUCGUCUUGUCAUAGGUUUAUGGACCUAUUGGUUAAGGACAGAUUUCGAACACAAAGCUAAAAGAUAUGAAACUAAAGCCUUGACUUGGUCAAUGCGUGAUGACGAUGACGGAUCGCUCAAAACUCUUAUAAAUGGUUUAAGAUUAGCUGAGGGCAUGUUAGAAAGCUUAGCCAGGAAAAUGGAUGAUUUAAAAAAGGUGGUUGAUCUGAUGGAGUUGCGCUCCUUAGCUGAUAGAGAGCUAGCAAGAUUAGAGAAAGACGCACGGAUUCUUCGAGCCAUAUACCCUCGAUGGAUUUUAUUUAAAGCUAAUUCUCAAAGGUUAUCAGGGCGAAAGGCAGCCGCAACAGUCUUGUUUAAUCAGGCACUUGAAGAAGCUAAACGAGUGAGUAACCGACUUGAAGUAGCUUUGGUCCUUGCUGCGAAUACUACCUCACGUCCUUGGAUUCAAAAUGCCCGCACAGGUAAAUUUUUAAACUGGAAGAAUGCAGCUGAAUAUACUAAAGAAACCUGGCAUCAGUUUCUCUAUAAAAUCAUACCUAACCGUGAUGCGUAA